ACUGGCGUACAAUUUCCGGACGUCCAUGUUAGUGGAUAAAGGAUUUUUACGGGCACUUUCAGCGAUUGUGUUUUUUUUCUAGUGUAAAGGGUCCCGCGUGAAGUGUCCAAAAUGUCAGGAUCAAACGCAUUAAAUGCCAAGCAGCCGCCGAUUCAGUCGACGGCGGGAGCUGUGCCGAUCCGCAAUGAAAAAGGUGAAAUUUCUAUGGAGAAGGUGAAGGUGAAGCGAUAUGUGUCGGGUAAGCGUCCAGACUAUGCCCCGAUGGAGUCCUCGGAUGAAGAAGAGGAGGAUUUCCAGUUUGUUAAGAAGGGUAAAGAGGCUGAGCCAGAGAUGGAAAUUGAAGAGGAGGAAAAAUCUGAUCCUCGUCUUCGACGUCUCAUGAAUCGAGUGACUGAAGAUGUUGAAGAAAAGCUUGCGAGACACAGGCAGAUAGCAGAGCCAGAGCUGAUUGCUCAAAGCAGUGAGGACUCGGAUGAAGGAACGUGGCACCCUGAGCGAGAGGAGAGCAGCGAAGAUGAAGAAGAGGAGGAAGUCGAUGAUGAAGAAAUUGAGAGGAGGAGAGCAAUGAUGCGUCAACGUGCACAAGAGAGGAAGAACGAGGAAAUGGAGAUCUUGGAGGUGGAGGUGGAGGAGGAGGGGGGGAAGUCUGGUGAUGAACCUGAAUCAGAGUCAGAGUACGAGGAAUACACAGACAGCGAGGAUGAAACUGAGCCUCGGUUAAAACCGGUGUUUAUCCGCAAGAAGGACAGAGUGACAGUUGCAGAACGAGAAGCAGAGGAGCAGCAUCAGAAAGAGCUGGAAAUCGAGGCCAAAAAACAGGCUGAAGAGAGGCGCCGCUACACGCUGAAGAUCGUAGAGGAGGAGGCCAAGAAAGAGUAUGAGGAGAACAAACGUACUCUGGCUGCUCUUGAUGCUCUGGACACUGAUGGAGAAAAUGAGGAGGAGGAGUACGAGGCCUGGAAAGUGAGAGAACUGAAGCGUAUUAAGAGGGACAGAGAAGACCGAGAAGCAAUAGAGAAAGAGAAAGCAGAAAUCGAGAGGUUUCGCACUCUUACCGAGGAAGAGCGUAGAGCGGAACUGCGGACAAAUGGAAAACUCGUCACCAACAAAGCAACAAAGGGCAAAUACAAGUUUCUGCAGAAGUACUAUCACAGAGGAGCUUUCUUCAUGGAUGAAGAGCAAGAUGUCUUCAGGAGAGACUUCAGUGCUCCAACUCUCGAGGACCAUUUCAACAAAACAAUCUUACCCAAAGUCAUGCAGGUCAAAAACUUUGGACGUUCCGGACGUACAAAAUACACACAUCUGGUGGAUCAGGACACCACUUCAUUUGAUUCUGCCUGGGCUCAGGAGAGUGCUCAGAACAGCAAGUUCUUCAAGCAGAAGGCAGGGGGCGUGAGAGACGUGUUCGAUCGGCCAACAGUGCACAAGAGGAAGACUUAAUCUUGUUAUUUAUGCUAGAACAGCACAUUCAGCUCAAACAAGGACUCUUUUAACCUUCUUUGCUCCCCUCGCCUUUGUUUUGCUAGUGUUGGAGGAACCUCACAACAAAGAUAUCAAAUCUUUAUUGCAUUUGGAUUGUAUGCAUCUACACAUUUCAUUGAGUGUACAGAAUUCUGAGGCUUUAGGUCCACCGUUUCUAAUGGGAUAAUCUACUUUUUGUUUUACAGCAAUAAAUUACUAUGACACUGAUCGCAUUGGUUCGUUCUGGAAUGCAUUACUAAAAAGAGAGUUGGAGCUUCUAAUAAAUGUAAAGAGGGAAGUGGUACUGGUAAAGACUGUUUAAAAAAGGUUCCUUUAUUACAGAAUAAGUACAGUGAGAAAAGAAAAGGGA